AUGGUACGUGUAACGUUUUUCAAGGAAUAUUCAGUACGUCCUCCGUACGUGUACGGUACACGCACCGAGCAGUACCAUUGUGCAGUACGCGUACCGAGGUCGUACCGUUCGACAUGGGAAUAUACAGCGAAUGUGGCACCAUCUAUCGAAAAUUGUGGUACGCAACAGAACUUAAUAAUACAUACACCAUUAGAUAGAGGAAGUCUUCCUCUAAAAAAAAAAGCUUUAAAAAAAUUUGUUAAUAUUUACAUUGAUGUAAAUGCUUCACCUUCAAUUGAUGAAAAUAAUGAAUUAAAAUCAAAUGCAUCUGAAAUUCGAAAAUAUAAAAAACGAUUUAAUUGUGAUAUAUUAUGUGCUACUUUAUGGAAAGUUAAUUUAUUAAUUGGAACAAAAAAUGGUUUAAUGUUAUUAGAUCGAAGUGGUGAAGGAAAAGUAUAUUCAUUAAUAAAAGGUCGUCAAUUUCAACAAUUAUAUGUAUUAGAAUCACAAAAUAUUCUUUUAACAAUAAGUGGAAAAAAUAAAAUAAAAUAA